CAUCUGUCAUCUUUGGAAAACAUGGAAUUUGGUCUAAUUUUUAGUCAUAGAUUAUACGCUAAUUUAAAACACUUUUGGUGAAAUUCGGUUAGGUACGCUUCAAAUUUAGAAUCAUAUUUAUUUAGUAAAUUAAAGAUAUUCCAUUUAAAGGCAAAUAAAGUAGUAAUUUUUUACGAAAAUGCAUGUUCGUAUCAGGAUGCUUGGGAAACCUGAUACAAUAGUUGUAGUGGAAUCGAAACUAACAAAAAUAGACCAUUUUAGAAAAAUUCUACGAGAUAAAUUCGACGUCCAACCAAAAUUACAGCGGUUGUUUUAUGGAGGAAAGUUGCUUGAAAAUGGCUACACAUUUCAUGAUUACAAUAUAAAAUUAAAUGAUGUCAUCCAACUUAUGGUCAAAAUAAACACAGAUAGUCCAAAAAAGAGCCUCACGAAGUCUACAGCUGAUGACAAAACUGACAGUGAUAAUAACAAAAAUCAUGAACAAGAAUCUUCUGAUGCUGUGUAUACAGAUGCAGUCAGCAAGCUCUAUGCUGUUGGAGACUUGGUCGACGUAAGGGACCCAGAACACGGCGCUUGGUUCGAGAGUAAAAUAAUUAGAAUAGUCCAUGAUCAGAAGGGAAAGAAAUCGGAACAUGAAAAAGAGAAGGGAUCUGACACUUCUAGUUCUUAUCAAAGUCAAAAUUAUGACUGCAAUGACUUAGAGAACAAACCACCCAUAGAAAUGAAUGGUGAUUGUAAACCAAAGAGUAAAGGUAUAGCUAAAUACUUCACAAAAAGUCCUAAAGGAAAGAAAAAAGACAAAGAUUCUAAGAGUGAGACCAGAAUAGUUGAUAACCUUCUUUAUAAAGUGCAACUUGAUAAUGACGAAGACGACUCAGAAUCUUACUGCAAAGAAAAAGACAUAAGGCCACGAGCACGAACCAUUAUUGACAUUAAGGAUUUGAAAGUUGGACAAACAGUGAUGGUGAAUUACAAUAUUGAGGAGCCAAUGGAAAAAGGUUAUUGGUUCGAUUUCAAAGUAAGUGAAAUAAGGAAACUACGCACCAGCUAUGAUUUAGUGGGAACUUUAUAUUUGGGUCCCGAAGCAGUACCUCAGAAUGACACCAAAAUAAGAUUGCAGGACAAAAUUUUUGCCAUAGAAGAAGUUGUACCACUGGAAAAGCGCAGUGAUGAAUACAAUAGAUUAAUGACUAUGAAUCCUGAAAAACGGUCUCAACCAUUAACUUGUUUGACUUGUCGUGAUGAUGAAGAAGCACUAUGUAAAGACUGCGGUUGCUAUGUCUGCCUAGGAAAAGAGUUUCCUGAAAAGAUAGUGCUCUGUGACGAGUGCAACUACGGCUAUCACAUGAGCUGUCUCAAACCUCCAUUAAAAGAUCUUCCCGACGAGGACUGGUAUUGCCCUUCUUGUAAAAGAGAUCCUCAGGAUGUAGUAGCGCCAGGAGCAGCCAAACAAACCAAGAAAAAAAAUGCUUCACAGAGUAAACGCGAUUGGGGCAGAGGAAUGGCAUGUGUUGGUAAGACGAAAACAUGCGCUAUGCCUGCCAACCAUUUUGGACCGAUCCCUGGCAUCGAAGUUGGUAUGUGUUGGCGGUUCAGGAUUCAGUUAUCCGAGUCUGGCGUGCAUCGGCCGCCCGUGUCAGGAAUCCACGGACGUGACGUAGAAGGCGCUUAUAGCAUUGUUUUAUCCGGUGGAUAUGAAGAUGACGUUGACAAUGGCAAUGAGUUCACGUACACGGGAAGCGGAGGUCGUGAUCUAUCCGGGAACAAGAGAACCGCCGAACAGUCGUGUGACCAGACCCUCACUAGAGAGAACAAGGCUUUGGCCAGGAACUGCGCUGUUAACCAAAUCAAAGAAGACGGUGCUGACGCAGGUGAGAAUUGGAAGAACGGGAAACCGGUCAGAGUUGUGAGAUCCUACAAAAUGAUGAAGCACUUUCCGAAGUACGCGCCCAGCGAGGGGAUCAGAUACGACGGUAUCUACAAAGUUGUAAAGUACUAUCCAGAGAAGGGUCUGUCUGGCUACAGAGUAUGGAAGUAUUUACUGCGUAGAGACGAUCCCAGUCCAGCGCCGUGGGAAGCUGGGGCUAAACAUUAUCCCAUUGUGUAUCCAGACGGUUAUUUGGAAGCCGAGGCGGAGAAGAAAGCUUUGAAGCAGAAACAAAAUACCAAAUCGAAAGGAAAAGUGACAAAGAAGAGGGCGCUGCGAGAGAGCAACCAGUCUGCCGAGUCGGAGUGUGAUAUCUCCCCUCCCGCGAAGAAACGGAAAACCGCAAGCGAGAACAAGAGAAAAGGAAAAUCAUCAAAAACGAAAUCGACGACAAGCCCAAAUGGUAGUAUUUUAGAAAUGUUCUCACCGAAAAGAAGGAAUUCUGCUAAUGGGAUGAAACAAGUUAAAAAAUCGGAAAGUGUACUUACCAGCGAGGAAAGGGACGCAAUUAAAGCUGACACGUUGAAUAGCAAGUUAUGGGGCGAAUGUUUGGCUGUGUGCGAUAGCUGGGGCAAAAAGGAAUUUGUUGAAUUUGUAUCAAUGCAGUUCCUCUGUAUUAUAUGUCAAGAGGUCGCAGCUAGUCCUGUAACGACACCUUGCCUACAUAACUUCUGUAUGGCGUGUUUAAAAUUGGCCUUCAAAACAACCGGAGCGAUUUGUCCGUGCUGCAGACAGAACUUAGCAAAAUAUGAACCGGAGCCUAACGAAGAGUUGAAAACCGCACUACGUAGCAUCAUGACCGGCUACGACGCUGGAAAGAAGUAAUUUUAAAAUAAUAGACUAUGUAAGAGCUAGUAAUUUCUAUGAUAAACAAAUAUUAGGUUCAAAUCCAUUAGUAAUUAGAGUUAAAUUUUCUUACCAGAUUUUACAAAAAAAAUGUAAAGUAAAAUGUUUAUGAUUGGCACUCCCUCGGACCGCAGUAGACAUUUUUUAAUAUAGCUGGUAUAAUAUAUGCUGCGGGAAAAAAAAUUCAUCACGUUGAGAUGCUGAAUAAAAAUGCACUGUAAAAUUCACAUGAACAGGUUUUUUGAAAACGGUUUUAAUUUAUGGUUAUAAAGUUAUAGAUUUUUACGAAUUCAAACAAUGUAUUCAUUUAUUUAUUAUUACCAGUUAAUUGUUAUCUAUAAUAAAGUGCACACAGCAGAAUCCUUUUGACAAUGAUGUUUUGUUAAAUUUGGAUUUUUUUUUGCUCAAUUUUCUAACUAUAAGUCUUGUUGGAUUUGAAAUAAUGAUGAACGAGUGAAAUAUUUAAUGAACUAUUUAAAUACCAGUAACUAUAGGAAUUUGCGGGUUUGAUUUUUACUACACAUACAUACAUUGUUAUUCCUUUCCAAUGGAAGUCGUCCGUGGUAACCACGCGAGAUCCGAGUACACCAGUUGGGUAGUAUGUCGUUUAUACCACAACGAUUUGCACAAUAAAGAGUAGUUAAAACCAAGUUCAAGAAAGUGUAAUAUUUAACACUUAUUGUGAUAGUGUGUAGUGUGACGUAUGAAAGAUUGACUUAAUGAACGGAUUUCUGAAUGAAUCUUUUAUUAGGAGCAUACGAUCAUAUUAUGUUGAACCAGAUAAAUAAAUGUGACAUUGAUAUCGACAAUAACAUCGGUCAUUAUGGUCCUGAUAUUUAGAGAUAAUUAAUAAUGGAAUACUCAAUAAUAACACAAAAAAAUAUUCGUAAACAUCACAAUAAAUAGCAAAUCUUGUGAUCUUUAAUUCAUAUCAGGUAAUUUCAAUUUCUGCGAUUUCUUAAGAAAUUAGUAAAAAAAGUAGACAUUAUAAAUGCCCUGAAUUUGUAAUAAAUAUAUUGUAUUAUAUAGAUAACGACUUAACUAUAGCAAAAUAUACAUUACAAUACAAAUAGAAAAGAAAAAUACAUAGAAAUUACUAGCUCUUAAAUUGACUAAACAAAAACGUUAGCUUAAGUCCGGCCCAAAUAGCUAACUAUUUGGGCUAAUAGCUAAAUAUUUUAUCAUGUAAGUGUCGAGUAGCAUAGAUUGUAGUUUAAUUUUAUUAAUGUGAUUUUAAAUUUUUUUAAUGUGUCUUUUGUAUGACGAUUCCACAGAAAAUUGUGAAACUUGAAAACUUAAUCGAAAUUGUUAGAAAGUAAAAUAUCAUCGAUACGGAUCAUAAGCGUUAAUCGUCAUGUAAGGGUAGGGAAUUUCGCGCAUUAUAUGGAAUUAAAUACCGACAUCUCCAGUUCAGCAACAAAUUGACAUAUAAAAAAAAUAAUUAAAUCCGGAGAAAGUCGAAGUCAAACAACUUAUAUUAUAUGGUAAAAGGACAAAAUCGUAACAUAGUUUUGUACCUAAUUAUCUUUGGAAUUACGCAAACCAUGUUAUAUAAAUAGAUUUUCGGCUGGUCCGGAACGAAGUCGUGUCGUAAAUAUGCAUUCUCGUUUCACAAGAAUAGUUAAUUUUUAUAUACCUGAAUUUAAUUUGUUAGAAUAUAAUAUGUAUUAAAAAGUUUGCUUGACAUUCAACGUGUCUAUUUUAUAAAUGGGACAAUUUUAGUUAAGUUUUGGAGUUUUAAACUUUUUUAUCGUUUAUAGUUAACAAUAAGAAAACUACCUCAUUUCUUAAAUGUUUUAAUCAUGAAUUUUGUACUAACAAUUUUUUUUAAAUACUACAAUAAUUUACAUUAAUAACGCAGUUACUAAUUAUUAUGAUGUCUUAAUAUUUUAAUAAAUGCACGUAUGUACAAAGUUGACGCAUUAAUUUUAAUAAAUUUAAAAUCGAUAAUAUUUUUAGUGGUGGUGAGACGGAUAGUACGAGUCCGCACGCGCAGAUACCGUUAAUCUGCACGUGCUUAACUUUGCUCAAUGUGCAUCAAUGCUUAACUUGAACGUGUAACAGCUAUAUUCCGGUUUGGAGGGUUGGGUAGCCGUUAUACGGGUAUAAUUCAGACGUCGACCUCAUUGGCAGCGGAAUAGUGAAGAGCUCUGCUUAAAUAUCAAACAGGCGUGAUGUAGUACAACAGAUCGAUAAACGUAUAGGGUGGUGUAAGAAAAUCCUUGUUUAUUUGUUACGGUUUCACGUAGUCGCAUGUGACUUGUAGUUACGUAGAAAUAAGUUAUAAACCCGGUUAGAAAGCACGAGGUCAAUUGUUUAAUAAGAUAUUUUAAGUUUUUAGUUCUAGCCUAAGUAUUUUAAGAGCACUUUUGAGGCGUCUUGUUAAAUGUGUGAAGUUAUCGACCCAAAGUUUUUUUAGCAGUACACUAAGGGAUUAACAUUAUUUGUAUGUUCAAAGCAACCCGAAGUUAUUGGCCGGAUUACUUUUGUAUUAUGAAUCGCUACAAUAGCAUUUUAAAUUCGCGAGCGUUUCUUUUACACGUAGUUUAUGAUUUUAACUUAGCAUCACUAGACGUAUUUCAAUAAUUAUACUACUUAUAUAUACUUACUACUAGUAUAUAUUAUAUAUACUAUAUAUUUAUGUAUGUAUAUGAUGCCGCCGCAACGCGACCUCUACGUCAAAUAUGCGAUGGUAAUUUACAAUUCCUACUUAUAGCGUGACUCCACAGAUGACAAAUCUCAAUAAAUCUUAUUCUCUAUUAAAAUGCAAACUAUGGACAAUAGAAAUUUUAAAUUUAAGUUUUUGAAUUAAAUUUGUUUUUCAGCUUCGACAAUUAAUGAACAUAUUGAUGAAAUAUGUCGUUGUUGUUUACUUUGAUAAUGAAGGAAAUAGUUUUAGACUCAAAAUGUAAUUACUAAAUGGAUCUACAUGCAAAAAAAAUGACUCAAUGUUUUCGAACAGUUUUCUAAUUUGCUAAAACUGCAACCUUUUUUUUAACGUUGGGGAAUCCGUUUACGGAUACCUACCUGGUCGAGAAAAAUAAAAUAAAACUGCAACCUGCAAAAACUGAAAUAAAAUGGAAAAAUAUAUAUACGAACAUGGUGUCGCGGGUAAGUUCUGUCCCAUCCGAGGGUCGCGCGCGGGUUGUUGAGGGUAGAUUCAAUGUCGGUUCAACUCUGACUGGCCCCACCUUCCGCCAUUAUAUUAACGUAGUAGUAGUAUAAAGUAGUAGUAUAUUAACAAUAAUACUAACAAUCGUGUGUUCAAUUAAAUUAUGUUGUAAGCAAAUAAAUUGGUUGUGUAAUGUUUAAAUCAAUUUUAACUUUAUUAAUAUUUCACCAAUCCUCACGUAAGCAUAAUGUGUGCGGAGAACUUAAAUUUAGUAUCGAGUAUAUAUCAACACAAAAGUCUACUAAAAAGUAUGUCAAUUAUAUAAAAAAGUAAAAAAAAAAAAUUUUUAAUAAUAUGAAUAUAAAAACAGGAACGCUACCUCGCGCUGUCUUACAGAAAUAUUAACGGUUUCUCCCGGUUAUUGAAUAAUGGAUUAUUUAUUUAAAGAAUUUGUGGUUAUAAAAAGUUUUUACGAGCGGUUACUUAAUGUCUUGUGUUCACGUUAUUUUAUAAUUAUUUUUAACUAAUGAUAUGGUGUAUAAUGUAACAUUGUCUUAAGCAUCACUUUUCUUUUAAUGAAAUACGCCAUAUUUGUUUUGGGCCUAAUAAUGAAUAUUUUUAGUUCCGAAUUUGGCGUUGGAUCACAUAAAAGCAUUUUUACGUAAAUUGUAAACCUAUUGAAAUUGAUUGAAUUGAAUUUGUUUUAAAUGUUUAAUAGCAUGCUCUGAAAUAAAAUUUAUUAAAUUUCUUUUAAAUUUGUUUUUAAUACUUUAUAUUUUAAUAUUCUGACGAGGUAUGACUUUCUCAGCAUACUAUUAUAGUUUUAAAAUUAAUUUCGUAAACUAUUCUUAAGGUUUAGGAAGUAUGAAGUAUGAUUUGGAAAGAAAAUUUCAACGAAAACUUAGUAUGUACUGUAUAAUAACUUUUUUCUCGUGUCUUAAUGGAUUUAAUGAAAUUAUUGAAAAGUUUACCAGCACUUGCAAUGUCUUAAAUGGGACCAACAUUUUAACAAUGUCAUCGCUACUGUGUUUUUAAAUUUAAGCACUGGCAGCAAAUGUUCAAUAAAUUAGAAUCUAUCAUGAAUAUAACUUGGCAUCCCAUUUGGGGCUCGGGUGAGUUGCCAAAUACUGAUGAUUUUUAAUUACAUUCCGUUUUUAAUUUCCGCUGUAGUAGUUAAUUUAACAGUUUCUUUUAUGCUUAUUGUGUUUUAGAAAUAAUUUUAGACGUUUUUUUAUCUUAAUAUGUAGUGGGUUAAAAAGUUUUCCAGCGAUCUCAUCGCCUGUACGUCGAGUUAAUAAUUUCAAUUUUUGUUUGUGUUUAUUUUAACACUAAUGCAAUUAAUUAAAUAAAAAAAAUACACGAGAAAAUGCAGCGCGUGAUUUUUAUUUUAUCACUAGACACACCCACAUGCACUAAUGAGUCGUUUACUUUCAAAAAACCGUUAUUUUAAUCCAAAUGAAUUUUGAACUUUAUGUAAUAACACAUUGCGCUUUAUAUUGAGUCAAAUGUACUUAAUAUGAUUUCGUAUAGAUUUUACUGCAUGCAUACUGAUGUUGUGUGAAUGACAGUUUUUAAUGUUUGUAUUUAAAUUAUAUGUAUUGUUUUAUUCAAUAAAAUUUUGUAAAAGGCG